UGGAAAGUAGAAAGCGAGGCGAGUGGGCGGGGUAGGGAGGAUUGUGCCCAGGCCAAUGAGCGAUGCCGGGACGGGUGACGUCACAGCCAAUGGACAGCCAGCGCGGGACUUUCAAUUAUCGCCCCGCCCGAUCGGAAGAAGACGGUGCCUAUAAAGAGUGCGGCGGCGGGCCGAGACCCCGUUACUCUCGCUGCCGCUGCGCUGGUGAGUUGGUGUUUUGGUUCGCUAUGGCCCGUACAAAGCAGACCGCCCGCAAGUCGACCGGCGGCAAGGCCCCGCGGAAGCAGCUGGCCACCAAGGCGGCCCGCAAGAGCGCGCCCGCCACGGGCGGCGUGAAGAAGCCGCACCGCUACCGGCCGGGCACCGUGGCCCUGCGGGAGAUCCGGCGCUACCAGAAGUCCACCGAGCUGCUGAUCCGCAAGCUGCCGUUCCAGCGGCUGGUGCGCGAGAUCGCGCAGGACUUCAAGACGGACCUGCGCUUCCAGAGCUCGGCCGUGAUGGCGCUGCAGGAGGCGAGCGAGGCCUACCUGGUGGGGCUGUUCGAGGACACGAACCUGUGCGCUAUCCACGCCAAGCGCGUCACUAUCAUGCCCAAGGACAUCCAGCUGGCUCGCCGCAUCCGCGGGGAGCGGGCUUAAAGUGCGCGCUCGGCUCGAGGUUCCAUCCCAUCCAAAGGCUCUUUUCAGAGCCACCCA